AUGCCUCAAGGGACCGGCCCUCGAAACGGUGCGCAGCCGCCUGGUCUUGCCGGCAGCAGUACCACAAGUCAUCGAAGCUCUUCGUAUGCGUCACAAUCAAGUUUCAGCAACCAGUUUUGUCGAACUUGUGCUGCUCGGGAUGGACGUCCAGAGCUGUUGAUAAACGCAUUGCUGGAAAAGGUGCGGAGGAUUCCCGCCCCGAAGCCUGAAAAGCUAGAAGGGUUGAUCGAAUAUGGAUUGGCAGUGCAAACCCUUUGUGAUCAUAUUGAGGCAGCAAAUGAACAUGCUCAUUUGUCAAAUCCGAUGCUGCUGCAAGAACUCGUUAGCAAACUUCCAUCGGAUCAAAAGCUAAUGUGGGCUGGGUAUAAGCGCGGCCUGGGCUUAGUGAACCUGAAGACAUUCAGCGACUACAUGCAGAACCUCGUCAGUGAUGCAUCCAGUGUGGUACUAUUCGAACCGGAGACUAAUCCCGAGAGCAAGGACAAACCAAAAUCCAAAGGAUACAUAAAUUCCCACGCGGAGAAUACUGAGAGCAGAAAAAUUGAGUGCAUCUUCUGUCGAAAGGUCGGUCAUCGGCUGCGAGAGUGCUCGGAGUUUAAGGAUCUGAACGUCGACGAUCGCUGGCGUAAAGUGAGAGCCCUGUCGUUGUGCCAGAUUUGCCUGUAUAACCAUGGUAGGCGAUCAUGCAGAAGCAGCAACCGUUGCAAUAUCGACGGCUGUCAGUAUCGUCAUCAUCCGUUGUUGCAUGUGACGAGGCGGAAUACAGGAGCUUCAGCUUCCACUCUGCAGGCGGAAAGUCAUACUCACCAAUAUCUCGGAUCGAGCGUACUGUUUCGGAUCCUGCCUGUUACAAUAUACGGGAAUAAUGUCGAGGUCAACACCUAUGCUUUCUUUGACGAAGGGUCAUCACUGACUCUCAUGGAUAACGAAAUUGCAGAGCGGCUUGGAGUGAACGGAACUAUUCAAUCACUGUGUCUACGAUGGACAGGCAAUACGUCAAGAGUCGAAGAGGAAUCGAAAGUUAUUAACAUUAGCGUUGGUGGAACUGGUUCUCCGAAGCGGUUCAAGUUGUCGAACGUGUGUACCGUGGCAAAUCUGAAUCUUCCCAGUCAAACCUUCCAGCUAGAAGAAGCCGUCAAGCACUUCGACCAUCUCAAGCAGUUGCCAAUUCGCAGCUAUAAAAACGCUGUCCCAAAGCUACUGAUCGGGCUUGAACACUUAAAAUUAGCAGUUCCCCUGAAGAUGAAGGAAGGAAGCGGGGAAGGGCCAAUUGCCGUCAAGACACGGCUUGGGUGGUGCGUCUAUGGAAGACAGCAGCCUAGAGUAGAGAGUGGUUUUAACUUUCAUAUCUGCGAGUGUACUUCGAAUAAGCAGUUGCAUGAAGCUAUCAAACAGUUCUACGACAUUGAAGAAGUGGGAUUAGGGAACGUAACCAUACGAUCUAAAGAUGAGCAGCGGGCUUUGGACUUGUUGGAGCAGACGACGGUUCGUGUUGGGAAGAAAUUCGAAACAGCCUUGCUGUGGAAGGAGGAAGAUGUUGAGCUACACGAUGGCACUUCGAAGGAGUUUGUUAACAAGGGUUACAUCCAUAAAGCGACAAGCGAAGAAUUGAACGAAGCGGAUCCGCGGAGAAUUUGGUAUCUGCCUGUAGGCGCAGUAACCAACCCGAAAAAACCAGGAAAGACGCGCAUCGUAUGGGACGCUGCCGCUAAGGUGGAUGGAGUUUCGCUAAACAGUAUGUUGCUGAAAGGACCGGAUCAAUUGGUUUCGUUGAUGGGAGUGUUAUUCCGUUUCCGGCAAUACAAGGUUGCAGUGUGCGCCGAUGUGAAGGAGAUGUUUUUGCAGAUACAAAUGCGUGCGGCUGAUAAGCAUUCGCAGCGAAUCCUGUGGCGUGAAGAUCCAAAUCAUGACCCGGACAUCUUCCUGGUUGACGUAGCGACAUUUGGGUCGACAUGUUCACCAGCGUCCGCCCAAUUUGUGAAAAAUAAGAACGCGAGGGAGCACAGCGAACGCUUUCCCAGAGCAGCCGAAGGCAUAUUGCAGGGUACAUACGUAGACGAUUAUCUCGACAGCUUUGGAUCAGAAGAAGAAGCAUGUCGUAUUUCAGAGGAAGUUCGCCAGGUUUUCCAUAAUGGUGGGUUGAAUUCAAGGAACUGGAUUUAUAACAAUGAAGGUGUACUGCAGUACCUUGGAGAAACCCAAGCCGCUCACAGUAAAAGCCUGAUGACAACGAGCAGCCGAGCAGGAACGUGUGCUCGGGAUGUUUUGGGACCCACUGACGGACGAACUCUCGUUCAGUACUCCAAUGAGCACUUCUGGAAACUGGCCGAAUUCCCACGAGACAAGUGUUACGCUGCGUAA